AAUGGAGGUGUGAAAGUUUUGAUAACAAACACGAGAGUUGUCUCAUCCCAUCCCGAAGAAGAAGAAAGCAAAGGCAACAAAUCCAAAGCAAAUAAAAGAGUGAAUUGGACUCAUUCUUUCUUUCCCCCAUACCCAUUUCUCUCUCUGUUUCCUAUCUAUAUAUCAUCUAAAACAACGCCGGUAAGAUAGAAUAACGAAGAAGAAGAGUGAUUUUGCACCAGGCAUCGGCUUCUUGUUCACGACCUUUGUCUUUCGUUAUUGAUUUUCUUCAACUUUAUUGCUUUCCCGUUACACUGUUAUCUUUAAUGGCCGUUCAAGCUCAAUACCCUUCCAAUGUCAUCUUCCUCAACAGAGGAGGACAAGAGGGGAAUGAAUUUUCAUUGCAGCAACAAGCAGGAGGAGCUUUUCUGGAUCAAUCCCAUAUGUUCUUCAACAAUAAUAAUAUCAAUCCGAGGAAAAGAGGACGGGAAGUUACAGCGGCGGCGACAAUAACAACAACGCCGAUCAAUUCGUUUUCUUUGCAAAUGCAACCGCCGCAGUUGCUAGAGCUUUCCCCGCCCCACCAGCUGAAUGCCGUCUCCACCGGCCUCCGAUUAUCUUUCAGCGACCAACAGCAAAGUCAGAAUCCAAAUUUUCAAAACAAACAGCAGCAACAACAAGAUAUUGUUUCCAGCUCCACUGGCUUUUUGUCCAUAGCAUCCGACGAUUUGGGUACUCAAAUCAAACGCCAGAGAGAUGAAUUGGACCGGUUUCUGCAAGCCCAUGGAGAAGAAUUACGCCGAACGUUAGCGGAGGAAAGGAAUAGGCACUUCCAUGCGCUGCUGGUGGCGGCGGAGGAAUCAGUGGUGAGGAGGUUAAGGGAGAAAGAAGAGAAGCUGGAGAAAGCAUCACGUCGGAACGCCGAGCUGGAAGCACGCGCAGCGCAAUUAAGCGUAGAGGGGCAGGUUUGGCAAGCUAAAGCUAGGGCACAGGAGGCGACGGCGGCUUCGUUGCAAGCGCAGCUCCAGCAAGCUAUGGUAAGAGGCGGGACUUCUGUGACACAAGAUAGAAGGAGAGGGGAGGAGGGGCUAAAUAGCGCCGGAGGAGCGGAAGGGCAGGCGGAGGACGCAGAGUCGGCUUACGUGGACCCCGAACGGAUGACAGCUUCGGGACCGUCUUGCAAGGCGUGUUGGACACGCGCCGCCUCGGUAGUGUUGCUGCCGUGUCGGCAUCUUUGCCUUUGUACAGAGUGUGAUCGAGUGGCGCAAAUGUGCCCCGUUUGCCUGGCCGUUCGAAAUUCUAGCGUUGAGGUGUUUCUUUCUUGAAAAAAAUAAAUUAAAAUAUUUAAAAAAUAACUUGGCUCUCUAUUUAUUUUUUUAAUUUAAUUUCUUUUUGAAGGGUCUGUUACUAAUGGUUUUUUACGGAAAACCCAGAAAUUUUAUCUUUUCUUUUACUUGGUUCCCAAUGUACAUAGGCCACUUGGGUAAUGGCGUUGCCUUUCUCUU